AUGCAUUUCAUAACUAAGAUGGGAAGAAAGGCAAAAGCCGCUGCAACGGGAGUACAGGAAAAGAGUGAGAAUGAAAAUGCAACUUUGACAAAUAACAUAAAAGAAAAUGCACCAAAUGAUAAAAAAGCAGGAGGAUCGAAACUAAACGAUAAAAAUGAAAAAAAUGAAAACAACGAAAAGAACGAAAAGAGUGCUAAGAGCAAUAAGAAUAUGCAGAAUGACAAGGGUAUGAAGAAUGAUAAGAAAACGACAAACAAAGGAACCGAGCUAACGGCAAAUGUGCAACUAAAUGGAAGUAUUCAGAAAAAAAAAGAGAAUGAUAUAGAAGGAAAGAAAGUUAAUAAUAACGUGGAGGAAAAAUGCAUAAUAAAGGCAAAGGACAAAGGAGGAAACAGAAAUAAGAGCACCAACCAAAAUAAUAAAAAUAAUAACAAUAAUAAUAAUAAUAAUAAUAAUAAUAGCAAUAAUAGCAAUAAUAGAAAUAAUAGCAAUAAUAGAAAUAAUAGCAAUAAUAGAAAUAAUAGCAAUAGUAAUAGUAAUAACAAUGACGUCAACGCUCAACAUAAUAACGCCGCGCAAAAGAAGAAGAAAACGAACAAGAAUGCAAAGAAGGACGAAGGUGUGAACAAACCAAAUGAAGAUGGGGGGGAGGAGAAGAAAAUAAAUGAAGAUCAAUCCCAAUCGAAAGGUAAUAAGAAUUCGAAGAAAAAUGAGGAGGGUAGGAGGAAAGAGAAAAAUGAAAAUAUGAACGGUACAGGUAGUAAUAAGAAUAAUAUGGAAAAGAACAAGGAAGAUAAAAAAGAAGAGGGAAAAAGGGAAGAUGGAAAUAAGAAGGACAUGAAAAAAGAACUGAAAUUAAAAGAAGAUGAAAGAAAGAAGAUUGAAAAUGAGCUAAAUAAGAAAUUUUUAAAAUUAACAAAACAAGAUAAUUAUAAAAAUAUAAAUGAUAAAAUCGAAGCGGAGGUCAAAAGGAACAGCGAAUUUGAAACGCUUAUUAGUAGUAUAAAUACGUCCAUAUUAAAAAUCAAUACACAAACACCAAGGCCAACUAACGUAAAACUAUCUUCAACCGACAUUGAGAAUAAAUGUAAGGAAGCAAAAUUAAAGAAGAAGAAAAUAAAUCCAAAAAAUGUUGAAGAAAUGGAAGAAGUAAAUACAUAUAUAAAUUACUUAGAAGAACAAUUGAAUUUAACAAAAAAUUAUGAAAAUUUUAAAAACUUUCAAAAUCGUUUAAAUACAUUGAAAAAAUCAUGUGAAGAAAAAUUAAAAGAAAAUUUAAAAAGUUUAAAUGAAAUAAAAACGCAAGAAAAAAAAUUAAAAUAUGUAGACAAAAUUAUAAAAAUGAAAAGAGAAAAACAAAAUAUCGUAAUAAAAGAAUCAGAUAUAAUUAAUAAAGAAUUUUCUCUUUCAAAUGAUAAAUAUACUACCUUAGUUAAACCAUACAAUUUUAUUAAUAGAAUACAGAGUAAAUAUUUUGUAUAUGUAGACAAAGUAAAUAACAACAAUUAUGAAAACAAGAUAUCUUUAUAUAUAUCAGGUUGUAAGGACGAUAUUGAAAAUUUUAUAUCCUAUAUAAAGAAUAUAGAUUUUACGGAAAAAAAUUGUGUACUAUUAAGUAAUAAAGUAUUUAAAAUAAUGUUAAAUUCAUGUGAUAGAAGUUUUAAAAAAUUGGAAGAAGAUACGAAUGUAUUUAUUCAUAUAGAUAAUGAUACCUUAUAUUAUUGUGGUAUGAAAAAUGAUGUGGAAAAUUUAAAGGAAUUAAUAGAUAAAGCUAUAAAUGAGAAAAAUACUAGUACGAAAAAUGUAUUUAAAACUAUUAAGCUAGAUUCAGUUUUAGCAAGAGGAUUUAACAAAGGUUUAUUAAAAGAAAUAGAGAAUAAAACUAAUACAUUAAUACGAAUGAAUUAUGAUGCAAAAACUUUUGACGCUUCAGCUACAAUUAAAGGAACUAAAAAUAGUGAUAUUGAAGAAGCAGAAGAAAAAUUAAAUGAUAUUCUUAAAAGUUUAGAUUCCGAAUUUGUAGAAUUUGAAGAAAGAGAAAUAUUUGCCUUAUAUAAAAAAUGCACGUAUGAAUUAAAUGAAAUAAGAAAAAAUUUAAAUCUUUUUGUUAUUCGUCAUGAUAAUGGUAUUAGUUUAGUAGGUAAAAAUGAGAAUAUUCAAAAAGCAUUAGAGAUUUUAGAUUAUGCAAAAAAUAUUAUUUCAAGCAAAUCAGUUAAAAAAAAGCUUACAGAGGAAGAAGCUUUUUUAUUUAAUGCUAAUUAUAGAAAUCAGAUAAAAACAAAAACUGGUGCAGAGGUAAAAAUAUUUAAUAAAAGUAAUUAUAAAGAAUUAAAUAUAAGUGGUAAUAAAAAUGAUAUUGAUAAUGCAAUACAAAUGAUUGAUGAUUUAUUAAAAAAAAGGAAAUGCACCCAAGUCGAAAUUAACGAAAAAGUUAUUGCUUUAUUACUCUCCUCCAAAGCACAAAAAAUUAAAGAAAUUGAAAAAGAUACAUCUACAAGUAUACAAAUUAAUAAAACUAGUCAUGUAGCUCAAAUUUAUGGGCAUGAAGAUAACAUACACCUAGCAAAGGAUAUUUUAGAAAAUCUCGUUCAGUCAGAAGAGAAAGAAGCUAAAUACAUUCCAAAUAAUUUAUAUGUAACUGUAGAAAUGAAUGUUGAUACAGAACAAAUUGGUAGUAUUAUAGGAAGAAAAGGAAGAACAAUAAAUAAAAUACAAGAAGAAACGUUAGCUAAAAAGAUUCAUAUUGAUAAAGAAAAUAAAAAAAUUUUCAUACAUGGGACACAAAAAACGGUAGAUUUAGCACAAAAAGAAAUUUUGAAAAUUUUAAGUAGAAGUAAAGAAGAUAAUGCUUAUUAUGAUCGUUAUAAUAAUAAACCUUCUAGCAACAAUUCCCCCUCAUCACAUAGAAAGACACAUAACAAAAGCACAAGAUCAUCAGAAAGAGGAGGAGGAAGGUCAAAUCAUCGAUCCACCUCAUCCAAAAAUGGUGUAUAUAUAAAUACCAGUGAUGAAAAGGCAUUCCCAAGUCUUCACGAUGUAACUAAUAUUCAGUCCAAAAAAACAAAAAAAGCAAUUAACCAAGCAAAUAUAAAAAGACAGGACGACCAGCAAGCAGAAGUUACUAAUGAGAACUGA